UAGAAGCGAGAACAGCUGCCGCUUGCAAUCCUGCCUCUUGACUUGUAGUCCCCAGCUAACGGUGUGUUAGGAUCUACAUGAGACUACCCACCUGCUCCGGAAGAGGAGGCUAACUUAGCGAAUAAUUCCUUCUACUAAACGUCUAAACGUCUAUUUAUAUGUCGAAAUGCAAACGAGAGCCUUCUGUCUCCACGUUUGUUUCCGGAGCUGACUGCGAGUGUACGUUUCGCUGCUAGCUACUCACCAACCGCGGCGCUUUCCAGCGUAGCACACUAUGGCCAAGCAGUACGAUGUUCUGUUCAGGCUGCUGCUGCUUGGAGAUUCUGGGGUUGGGAAAACCUGUUUGUUGUGCAGGUUCACAGACAAUGAAUUUCAUUCUUCUCAUAUUUCAACAAUUGGUGUCGAUUUCAAAAUGAAGACAUUAGAAAUAGAUGGAAUCAAAGUACGAAUACAGAUAUGGGAUACAGCAGGCCAGGAGAGAUACCAGACCAUCACCAAGCAGUACUACAGACGAGCACAAGGAAUCUUCCUGGUGUAUGACAUCACCAGCGAGCGGUCUUUUCAGCACAUCAUGAAGUGGGCCAGCGAUGUGGACGAGUACGCACCCGACAAGGUACAGAAGAUCCUCAUAGGGAACAAGUCUGACGAAGAGCAGAAGAGACAGGUGCCCAAGAUGCACGGUGACAAGCUUGCAAAAACCUAUGGAAUGGACUUCUUUGAGACAAGUGCCUGUACGAAUUACAACAUUAAAGAGUCAUUCACCCGGUUGACAGAACUGGUCUUACAGGCCAAUAGGAAGGAGCUGGAUGGUCUGCGGGUGUCCAUCAACGAGGAUCUGGGCAUCGCUGACCUGGAAGACGAGGAGGACCAGUGCGAGAGUGCUGCUAACACACAGAAGGCGUGCUGGUGUUAAAGGAGAGGCACGCAUACAGACCUUCAAACGUUCCAGCAAAGCGUGGUAUUUUCACGAGGCUGACGCAUGACGAAAAGAUUCAAAUGAUGGAACCUGGGUAUUUCUCCUGCCACAGGGGCUCACACCUCUCAGUACCCACAUUCUCAUGUUGUGUGACUGUUGCGUUUUAUCCACAAUACUCGUUGUUUCUAGUUUAUAUUUUCUUUUUGGCUUUGGUCUUCUUUAUUUGAAAAACAUCUGAAAUACAUCAUUAUCAUAAGCUCCUUUCUCUUCUUGGCUUCUACCAAAAUACCAAAUCCCAUUUUAUGCUGAAAGUCAGGUUUUUCCAUGUUUUUUUCUGAUUUUGCCAGAAGAGGGCAGCAUUCUCUUAACGGCGCGUUUGUAUAUUUGUUGUACGUUUGAUAACAAAGGUACCUGCAAUUCAACUCUUGCUCUGGGUGAAUUCUGUUCCUCAGCCUCAGUUCAGAAUAAACCAGCUCCACAUGCGUUCCCCUACCAUUCCAUGCAAAAAAUGUGACACUGAGACAAGGCCAGUUAUCCUCAGCACAGGAGUUCAGGAGUUGAAAGUUGGCAUUACAUAGCACAAAGGAGUGGUACACUGUGGAAUGUAUCAUGCUUUUCCACCAUUUCCAUUUAUUUCCAUUUUACUUUUUUUUCUGAAUCCUCUGUUAGUAUUACAGCGGGUUGUUUUUUCCAUGAAGUGUUCUUUGUCAUUGCCUUUCAAUUCAGCAAGAGUCUCUUUCUUCACUGCCUUUCUGUCUACUUGUUCUGUGUUUCUGUGCGAUCUCAGAUAAGUCAUUCAUUGCCAUCUGUCUGGAUAUUUCCCCCAGAUAAACUGCUCAAAUGCAUGAUAUAGAGAUUCGCCCUCUUUGUCUCUUAUGCCUGAGAUUAACCCCUUUAAGUAUCAGUGGUCAUUUAAAACAUGGUCAGGGGAGUUAAAAUAAACACAUGGAUAUAAGUGUAUAUAUAUAAAUACAAAAAUGUAAUUAGUAUUGAUUUAGUCAUUCCAUUUUGAUGCAAAGUAUUCAUGAGAAAUGGUUCCAGGAUUUCCUGUGUUACUCAGCAUAAAAGCUAAAAACAUUUAUUUUUCAAGCAUUUGUGAGUGACUCGUUUUAAUGGGUUUAAUGGGACCGCAGGUGCUCCAGCACUGUUCUUAACUAUUCUUGAGCUCUCGUGUGCUGGCAUGGUAGAGUGCAGGCGAAUCUUGUAUCUGAGGUGCACUCACUGACGUAAGAGGAAACUACAGAAGAGAGGGCAGGAGGCAAGGAUGAAUUAUUGAGAGGAUGAAAACUAAAACGACCAAGAUUGCUCCUUUGUCUGAAGUAAGGCAUCACAGAACCAUUCCUUUUUCACUGCAGUUACUCUGCAAGUUUUUGAUUAUAAUUAGUGAGUACCAAGACUUACUACUAAAACUUACUGCCUGUGUUGAAUGUAUCCGUGUUGUAAUGCAAAUUAUUUGGGGCACAUCAAUCAAAUUUGACAACUGCAGAGCUGUGGAACUUCAGUGUGUUUGUUGUAAUUAACUCUGAAUUAUUCCAUCCGUGGAGUCUCCAGUGAAGCUUGUGGUCUCUUGAUGAAUUGGGAUAGUUGCAAAUGUCCCACAUUCUCAAUUUUUGGCUCUUAUAUCAGGUUUUUAGUCUCUGCACAUUUGGAGAUGGCCAAUGCAGUGCCUCUUGACCUUUGAUGACCUCUGAGUUUAAACAAUGUGCUUGCACACUGGUUAUGUACAUGUUAGCUGCUCACAUUGCAUAUGACUGUGGUGCUGUAUCUAAAACAGUAGGAAACUUACAGAUGUCAUCCUACUGUUCUCACCAACUUUAUUGCAAAAGUAUUCAUGAGGUGACCCAAGCUAGUAAAAAGAAACGUCAUGUGUGCAAGGUCAGAUUUUUAUUUAUUUUUUUCAGAAAAAAAGCAUAAAUGAAGUGUGGUCAGCAGCACCCCUCAAUAAAAUACAAGAAUUGCAAAGCAUUUACUCAGCCAGCCUACAUAAUAGCAGUGCUGAAAUGAACUGGUGUUGUGUUCUUCAAGGUAUUCUCCAUAAAAAUUGAAAGUCCCCUUUUAACGUUUGGUUACUUAUCAAUAGUUUGUACAUGUGUUAUUGCACUUACUAGGUGAUGAAAGAUUAUUUUCUGCCCUUGAAGUACAAACUGUGUUGAAUUUACCUUGGCACUAUACACCCCACUCCAAGAUAGAAGUAAUCUGUUGCAUCUGAGGAUGUGUUGUAUUGAAUGGAAACUUGAUUACACUGUAGAAACAAAAUGUAUCUCUUUCUUGUUUCUGCUGUCUGCUGAAAAACAAUUGUUUGGAACACUACUUGAAUUCUGUCAUGGUCUUAGUGGAAAUAUUUAGUGUGUUUCAGGAUUGAGAUUCUUUUGAAUGAGUCAGAAAAUGACAAUGAUUUUGAAAAAUAAAUAGUAGUGAGAUAUUUA